UGAGGAAGGCUCCACAAAUAAAAAUCCCCUCUGACUGUGAGUGUGUGCGCGCAAGAAAAAAGGGACGAGACUUCGCCUGCACCUCAAUCUGCUCUGCAUCUUUCCACUGGACCGCAGUGGAUACAGCCGACUGUGCGGGACUAAAUCCACAACCCAAGAUGUAAAAAAGGGUGUUUCUUUGGUUUGUGUUUUUACAAAAGCGUGUUUCACACGUCCGUAAUUUGUUUGAAGGAGAACAGGACAAAGCGAAAUCUCUGGCUGUUUUUUUUUUUUCUUUGCGCUCUUCUCUCAUCGCGUUAUUGGGAUGCAGGAUGCGCAGCAUCACCGGCAUCGCUGGAAUAAGCCUAAUAUUCUUCCAGUUCAGUAAGCCUAUCACAUUUCAAGGCAACGUAAGUGGUGAAGACUAACCAGGAAAAAUAAAACUCUCCGGUGCUGUGAAAAUGACUGAUUUUCUCCAGAGGAUAAAGUGAGGAUGGGGUAUUUUUUUCAACUAUUUGGGAUGAGGAUGUUUUUUUAUUCACCGGGCGCGCUAAUGCCCCAUAAAACAGGAAAUGAUUUGGUCAUCUAAAGACAAAAUAGAGCUGGACUGCUGCCGAUGUUAUCGGUUACUCUGCACAUCUGCCUAGUGAGUCUCGGCGUGUGGAGGGAGCCACGGAACAACAUCCAGAGAACUAUACGGGGGGGUGGGGGGGGGAUGGAUUGAGUUACAUUGCAAUUACGCUUUACUUGCAAAACGACAUAUUUCUGCGGCCAGCGGACACUCACACCAAACCUAAGUCAAACUAACAGAGAAUCUAUUUCAAAACUGGACAGAAGGGUGCACACAGAUAAGCAGUGUGUGUACGCAGCAGUCAAAGCCCAAACUGUGUAUGUGUAUAUACACUUGCGCGAGAGCCGGGGGCACACACACUGUGUGUAUGUGAGAUGAGGAGAACCUAAGUGGCUACCACAACCACCCAGAUCAGACCGCCUCCUGGGCUGCAAGAUGGAUUAGAGCCCCACACCUCAGUAGAUCAAAGGUGGCUGUGACAGGGGCACCCCCGGGGCAGGACCCAUGAGGAGUCAUAGAAGAUGCUCACAGCCUGGGCGCUCCUGCUCUUCUUAGCCAUGUGGGUGAGAAGCACCUCUGGUGGCCCGCUCUCCUUCAGAAUAGCUGCCAUCCUUGAUGACCCUAUGGAGUGCAGCAGAGGAGAGCGUUUGGCCAUCACACUGGCCAAAGACAGCAUCAACAGGAGCAGUAACCGCUCCACCACUGGCAAGUUGGAGGUGGACAUCUUUGAACUGCUGAGAGACAGUGAAUAUGAGAUGGGGGAAACAAUGUGCCAGAUCAUGUCGAAAGGGGUGGUAGCAGUCCUUGGUCCUUCUGCCAGUCCGGCCUCCAACUCCAUCAUCAGCAAUAUCUGUGGAGAGAAGGAGGUGCCCUAUGUCAAGGUGGCUCCAGAGGACAUUUUGAAGGUUCAGUUCCCCCGGUUCACCACUCUGGACCUGAGGCCAACCAACACCGACAUCAGCCUGGCUGUGGCUGGCCUUCUCACCUUCUUUAACAGCACCACCGCCUGCCUCAUCUGUGCACAGGCUGACUGCUUACUGAACCUGGAGCAGCUCCUGAGGCAGUUCCUCAUCUCCAAGGAGACAUUGUCAGUGCGCAUGCUUGACGACAGCAAUGACCCGACCCCUCUCCUGAAGGAGAUAAGAGACGACAAGACUGCCACUAUUAUAGUGGAUGCCAACGCCACUAUGUCACAUAUCAUUUUGGAACGGGCAUCAGAGCUGGGGAUGCUGUCAGUCUACUACACUUACAUCUUCACCUCUCUGGAAUUCUCUCUACUCCAACUGGACGACGUGGUGGACCAACGAGUUAACAUAGUCGGUUUUUCAGUCUUCAACAAAACUCAUCCCUUCUUCCAGGAUUUUGUGCUAAGCCUCAACCGCUCCUGGCAAGAGAACUGUGACCAUGCACCCUUCGCUGGCACUCCACUCUCCUCAGCUCUACUCUUCGAUGCAGUUUACGCGGUGGUGGCGGCGGUCCAGGAGUUGAACCGUAGCCAGAAUGUCGGCGCCACACAGCUCUCCUGCAAGUCCUCCAAGAUCUGGGAGCAUGGCACCAGCCUUAUGAAUUACCUGAGGAUGGUAGAAUUGGAUGGUCUAACAGGCCACAUUGAAUUCAACAGCAAAGGUCAGCGGUCAAACUACGCCCUGAGAAUCAUGCAGAACAGCAAGGAUGGCCUAAGGCAGAUUGGCCUGUGGCACUCUGAAAAUGGACUAUCCAUGGAGAGAAAGCUUCCAUCAAUUAAUGUGACGGAAACCCUCUUCAACAGUACUCUUACCAUCACAACAAUAUUAGAGAAUCCAUAUGUGAUGCUGCGGCAGAACCACCAACAACUGGAGGGAAACGACCGCUACGAAGGUUUCUGUGUGGACAUGCUAAAGGAGCUGGCAGAUAUUCUCAAGUUUAAGUAUCGCAUCCGGUUGGUGGGGGACGGACUGUACGGGGUUCCUGGAGCCAAUGGAACGUGGACUGGCAUGGUUGGAGAGCUCAUCUCAAGGAAAGCUGACCUGGCAGUUGCAGGCCUCACCAUCACAGCAGAGCGUGAAAAGGUCAUCGACUUCUCCAAGCCCUUCAUGACCCUCGGCAUCAGUAUCAUGUACCGGGUCCACCUGGGACGUAGGCCAGGCUACUUCUCCUUCCUGGAUCCCUUCUCCCCUGGUGUCUGGCUCUUCAUGCUUCUUGCCUACUUGGCUGUCAGCUGUGUCCUCUUUCUGGUGGCCAGAUUGACACCUUAUGAGUGGUACAACCCCCACCCGUGUCUAAAGGGUCGCUGUAACCUGCUAAUCAACCAGUACUCACUUGGUAACAGUUUCUGGUUCCCUGUUGGAGGCUUCAUGCAGCAAGGCUCCACCAUUGCUCCCAGAGCUCUUUCCACACGUUGUGUCAGCGGAGUGUGGUGGGCCUUCACAUUAAUCAUCAUCUCAUCCUACACCGCCAACCUGGCUGCCUUCCUAACUGUCCAGAGGAUGGAGGUACCGAUAGAGUCAGUCGACGAUCUGGCAGAUCAGACGGCGAUAGAGUAUGGCACCAUGCACGGAGGGUCCACAAUGACUUUCUUCCAGAACUCUCGCUACCAGACAUACCAGCGUAUGUGGAACUUCAUGCACUCAAAACAGCCCAGUGUGUUUGUGAAGAGCACAGAGGAAGGGAUCGCCCGUGUCCUCAACUCCAACUAUGCUUACUUGCUUGAGAGCACCAUGAACGAGUACUACCGUCAGAGGAACUGCAACCUGACUCAGAUUGGAGGACUGCUGGACACCAAGGGCUACGGGAUUGGCAUGCCUGUGGGAUCAGUGUACCGAGAUGAGUUUGACCUGGCCAUCCUCAAAAUGCAGGAGGACAAUCGUUUGGAGAUCCUCAAGAGGAAGUGGUGGGAUGGUGGCAAGUGUCCGAAGGAGGAGGACCACCGUGCCAAAGGUCUGGGCAUGGAGAACAUCGGCGGCAUCUUCGUGGUGCUGGUGUGUGGCCUGCUGGUGGCUAUCUUCAUGGCAGUGCUGGAGUUUGUCUGGAUGUUAAGACAGGCCCCAGGAAAUGAGCAGUCAGUGUGUGAGGAGAUGCUACGGGAGCUCCAUGGGAUCGUCCUGUGUCGCGACAGCCUGCAGGUGAGGCGCCGGCGGACGGCUUCGAUGCUGCGGCCGCGGCCCCUACCCCUGGAGGAGCGUCGGGCACGAGCUGCCGCCGUCAGCCUCAGCAACGGAAAGCUGUGCGGGGGCACCGGACUGCCUGAACCCCUCUCUCACAGACUAGCACAGGAGGCUGCCCUGGUUGCGAGGGGGUGCAGCCACAUCCGCAUAUGCCCCGAGUGCCGUCGCUUCCAGGGACUGAGGAUGCGUCCUGCAGGGGCCACGGGGGCCCUCCCUUCACCCACGCACAGUGAGGAGAGCAUAGAGUGGGACAAGACCACAAAUAGCAGUGAACCUGAAUAACGGCCAGCGAUUCCAACAGGACUAACUUUCCCACCUCGCCUCUCUACUUUCCAGGGAUCAAUGAUCACAUCGUAUUUUUAUUCCGCCAGUUGGGGCUUGAUCUUAAAGGCCAGGACAGUGCUUUGUUUUGCCCUUGAGGCAACAGCCAGUAGUCAGUUUUGGUGUCUCCAUGGAUGAUUUUUUUUCUUUGGUUGUAGGAGAAACUAAUGAGUCUGUUUCAUUGUGGUUUGUACCUGUUGGCCCUUAGUACUGUGUCAAACAGGACAGACAAAAACAGCUACGGGGCAUUUGUACUAUGCAGUAUUUUCAGUCAUUUAUCAUUGUGCUGUUUCUUUUUUUCCCUUUUAAAUUAUUUCUGUCCUCUGUUGGAUUAUCAAUACUAAAUAUUGUUAUUCUAUUGUUCUUUAAAAAAAAAAAUCCUUUUUUAUCUGACAAAUUACUGUAUGAACAUGUAUUGGCUCUGAAGAGCUGCAAAGAUGAACCGACUAAUGCUAGGUCAUUCUUCAAAUCCUUUUAUUUUGAAAGUGCCAAAAAACCAUAAGUACUACCUUGUGGCUCAAAAAAGCACCACAGCCUUGAGAAGACAACAAACUCAAAUGAACCAAGAAAACAAAGAGUAACAUACAGACACACGGACUUCUUUUAUAGUAGUGAUAUUCUAUUAAAAAAUGUUUUAAUUGUUGGUAUCUCUGAAAGCCAGAGAUGCAUGUCCUGAGGUGUGGGCAGGUGCUCAUUGAAUGAUUAAUUGCUGUGGUGGCCGAAUAGCUGAAAGAAUGAUGUCCUGUUUUGAAUACCUGCUUAAAUACAUGAUGGCUUCACACACAAUGGCACCCAUUAAUUUCCUUCUUUCUCUGUUUCUUGACAUUUCUUUCUCCUCUGUCUGUCCUACAUCUUUGACACCAUGGCAAAUGUAUUGUCUCAUCAUUUGUCCUUUUUAUGAUCUCUCACUUAAAAAUAAACACACAGUCUCCUGCACAGUCUGUGAGACAUCAGAGGUA